AUGUACUAUGACUUUGAUUGGAAAAAUGCACCGCUCUCCUCAAGGAGCUCUCCGGUUGUGACAGGUGUUCUCUAUUUGCUGAUGGUAUUUAUUUUGCCCCGAUAUGUUCCAACGGGUGGAUAUAAGCUUGAGAGACUGUUGGUGGUGCACAACUUUAUUCUGAGUGCAAUGUCCUUGGUGAUGUGCGUGGGGUGUGCUUGGGAGAUGUUUGAGAGAGUCCGACAUGAAAAUGCUGAUUGGAUGUUCUGCGAAGACCCGGCAACGCCAGCGCGGGGCCCCCUUUAUUUUUGGUCGUAUGCAUUCUAUGUCAGCAAAUAUUAUGAGCUGAUUGACACUCUUCUUGCAAUUCUGAGAUCAUCCAGGCCACCACAUUUUGGUCUUCACGUGUAUCAUCAUGCACUGGUUCCUGUGAUGGUGUGGAAUUGGUUAGAAUACCGGAUGAAUCUUCAGCACAUAGGACUGCUGUGGAACACCUUUGUCCAUGUCGUGAUGUAUGCCUACUAUGGCUUCAAGGCCAUGGAAAAGUUGGGUCACACGACUCCAAAUUCUGCAAUUCCUGACGAGCGUGGCAUUCGGGGUGAUGGCCAUGAAGAUGAUGUGGGAGCGGAAAGUAGAGCGAUGAAAGAUGAAAGCAUUUCUGACUUCAGCAUUCAACAUUUUCGUUGCGAAGCCCUGAUGAAACUACACCUGGAAUUUCACAGAGCUCAGCGAACAGAUAGCAAUAUUUCUGGCUUAUGCGCCUUCGUGGCGCUUCUUUUCCUACCCAGGUGCAUGGGAGACGCAGAUCAGCUGCCAGGUGGAUUCAAGUCGUGGUUCGUGCUAUCCGGCUAUCCGGUGCUAUCUGCUUUCGGCGUGCAAAAACGCUACCUGCUGGACAUCGCAGCGAGCGAGGUGACGACAGAUGCGACCUUCAGGUAUAAAAGCUUUACUUGGAGAACAUCAGCUGGCAACAGGCAUCCUUAUGAAUACAUCAUUGCUCAACAACCAGCUGGCGGUGGGACAGCUCGAGAUGCUUUGACUGCUGUGGAAGAAAACUUGCCUUCACCUGCGAGUGGCUGGACAUUGGUUCUCAUCCCAUCCGUUUCUUUAGUUUGCAGCGGCAAAGAAGAGAUGAGACCUUUGGCCACGCUUCUCUCACAAAGAGGGCAUCGUUGCUACAUCUUGGAGUGGCCAGGUUGGACCCAAGAUGUCCAGACAAACUGGGCGUUGGAGCACUGCAAACCAGAGUGUUUGGCAGAGGAGUACCAGGACUUCUGGUGUCAGGCAUUGGACCACGUCGCCCAGCAAGAGUUGCUUUUGGCAAAAGGCAGUCAAGAGCGUGAAGAGGCAGCUGAGAAAGCGCCUCAGUUAUGCGUUGUGGCAGCAAACUCCAGUGCUAUCUAUGGUUUGCGUGCUUUGGAGGCGCUCACUGCUUGGGAACCUGAGCAAGAUGGUGCUGCCAAGGCUGCCAAGGCAUUUGAGCUGUACAAGUCUGUUGUGAUGGUGGCCCCAAGCUGGAAGGCGCCACCUCCAAGUGGUUGGUUCUUGUCGCGACUGGAACGAGAUCGAGCUGCAUAUUGGAUGGGAGCAAAGUCCUCGGAAUUCUUCAGAAAACUCAUCUUAAUAAUUCUCAAUUUAUGUCAAAUUGAUUCCAACUGA